UAGUUUCAGUCACCUUUUAUAUAUUAAGAGUUAGAAAUAUUUUUGGUGAUAGUGUCUAGUCACGCUUUUUUGUAGUGCUCUGCAGUUCUGUGUGAGAAUGUGAUAUUCUUUACCAGGGCCAACAAGGUUUGAAAGAUAGUAAUUUAAGUCCUUUAUAAGUGAAGGGUGUGACCUCAUUCAUUUCCGUAGUUUUUUGCCUUCUCUCUUCAUUUCAGUGCCUCUGACUUGCUUUGCAGACUGUUUAAUCCAGUUUCAGAAUUGUGACAUCCCUAAAUCUUGAAAUGGGAGUGAUGAGCGUUGGUGCUGAGAUCUGAGUGACUCUGAAGAAAUUUGUAUCUGAUGUUUUUUGUGGAUGUGUGGCUUUUACAACGAUUUCUGUGACCUAGCUAACAACUGACAUAUCGAUUUGAAUGGAGGGAGUGCUGAAUUGCUUGCAAUGGUUGUUUGUAUAACUGCAGUUUCUUUUGUACAAUUUGAGUAAAUCUUAAGUAUGCUUACAUGUGCUUAGCCAGAAAUGUGCUUCAGGGACAUCUUCUUUCUAUUGUGGUUAACGUUUUUCAGCAGAAUCUUCUACUGGAAAACAUGAGUUUGGCAGAAUCAAAGUGAUCUUCCUGCAGGAGUUUUGAGGGUGUUCAGUUUCAGUUGAAACCAGUUGAAUCCUUUUUGACUUUCUGCCUGUUCCAUCAGCAGGGUGUAAGUGAACUGAAAAUUUGCAUGUGCUUCUCCCAAAUGAAAAUAAUGCGUAACAGAUUGUGCAUAAAGAAUUGAUGUUUUUGAACUUUUACCUCUAUUUGGAAUAGUCUUUAAAAAUCAAAACUUUGGGACAUUGUGUUAAUUCUUAUGAAAUAAUUAUGUGCUGUGGUCAGAAAUAACGUCAUACUGCUGCUGGAUUUUUUUUCCUUUUCUAGUUUUAUAUAAAUUUGUUUUCUAUGAGAGUUAUAUUUUGGAAAGACAAAUUGAGUUUUCUCAUUACAGUCUUCCGUGAGAGACUUACUUGGAAUAUAUACCGGACGUCUGGUAUUCUUUUGUGGUUGAGUGUUAUAAACAUUUAAGGCAUUUAAAGUAUGUAUAUUGGUGACAAAGUUUUGAAUUCUCAUUUAAAACUUAUCUUCUGGUCACUUCAUCUCCAUUUACAUUUUCAAGCAAGGGCAUUUCUCUCCCUUGAAUGAACAAUACAAAAAACAGGUUGUACAGUACUAGGAACUUAAUACAUGUUUGUUCCAGGUGUUGUGCUUGAGCACUUCUUUUGUUCUAUAGUUUGCAGGUUGUAGUUCAUUUUGAUAGGUUUUCUGCAAGGAAAAGCAUUAAAAUCCAUAUAUUUACUAUGCAUAUUCUUAGGCAGAAUGAGGUGGCCAUUGGUGACAGUAUGUUUCUCAGCCCGCUUACUGUUCUUCUGGAGAGCAUUUCAGGGUGUAGCAUUUCUUACACCCAGGAAAGCUCAUGUGAAUUACUCUUGAAGGAAUGACAGAAGGGGGAACUGUAAAGAUCUCCUGCAGCUGAUCAGAUAGGUAGAAAACAAUCUUAAUGUGUCCUAGCAUUGCUUUGGCAGAGGGCAAAAGGUGAUAACUUUUCUAUGAGAUUUAAUCCUUUUGGUACAUAGAGCAAGAGAGGAAUGAUUUCAGAUGUUUUUGGAGUUUUGAGGAGAGUAAUAUAUAUGUUUUUAGAAAUACCAGUUCUCAUGCACAUUGGCAGUGUGAUUUUUUUUUUUUUAUAGUAAUAGUCUUUAUAAGAAAAGUGUCAGUCUUGAUCUCAGAUUUUUAAAGGAGAAAUAUAUAUAUUUUUUUGUUUUCAAUGAAUCUUAGUCAGUAGGUAUAAGAACUUGGUAGUAGCAGUAAAAUUUGGAAUUGGAAAGUUUGUUUCAAUUUUGAAAGGAGAGUGUAAUUGUAUAUAUGAAUAUGGCUCACCUAAUACAAACUGUGAGCUAACUAUUAAGGGAUGGAAUGUGGCUUUUCUCUUUUGGGAUUCCUUUAGUGGUGCAGGAUGCCUUUGCCUUCUGUUCAGGUUGAAGACGGUAGCAGUGGGUGACACCAAGAUCUGUGCUUAUUCAGACAUGGGCUGCUUAGGCUGUACUAAGCAAUCUCAUGGGAGUCUACGGUAAACUGAUUUUGGUGUCGCUGUUCUCCCCUUAGGUGGAGGAGAAUGAGAUUGAAUGCUGACUAUAGGCCUGGCUGAGAAACAUACUGGCAUCGGUGCCUUAAUUGGCUGUUGUGUCCCCGAAAGCCAGUGGCCUUUGACCCAUGAAGCCACUGUGCAUGAAGGAGUUUUAUUGCAGAAAUGAACAUUUAUGUGAAGCAGCUGGGCAGAAGGAUCUUCGGUCGUGAGCAUGGAUCAAACAAAAAGCUGGCAGCCCAGUCCUGUGCCCUUUCCUUAGUUAGACAACUCUACCAUCUUGGUGUCAUAGAGCCUUAUUCUGGACAGACCAAGAAGAAGGAAGGAGAAUCGGUGGAACCCUAUGAAGUGUCGCUCUCUUCUGACUUAGAAAAUCAGCUGCAAAACAUUGUACGGGAGCUGUCUCUGGAGAUUGUGCCACGGCCUGAAGAUCCCAGGAACCCAGUUCUGAUUAACAUUGGAAAGCUGGCGCAUUUUGAACCGUCCCAGAGACAAAGUCCAAUGGGAGUUGUUCCAUGGUCACCCCCUCAGUCCAACUGGAACCCUUGGACCAGCUGCAAUAUUGAUGAGGGUCCUCUGGCUAAUGCUACUCCAGAGCAAAUAAGCAUGGAUUUGAAAAGUGAUUUUGUAUACCGUUUGGAGCAAGAUCAAGAAUUACAAAGGAUACUACAAGAGAGGGAGGCUCUGCCUGUGAAGAAUUUUGAAAACGAAAUUCUGGAUGCAAUCCGCCACAAUUCUGUGGUUGUAAUUCGUGGUGCCACGGGUUGUGGCAAAACCACACAAGUUCCACAAUACAUACUGGAUGAAUAUAUCAAGAGCAACAGAGCUGCAGAAUGCAAUAUAGUAGUGACACAGCCUCGGAGAAUUAGUGCGGUUUCUGUGGCAGAACGUGUGUCAUACGAGCGAGGAGAACAACCUGGGCAAAGCUGUGGGUACAGCGUACGAUUUGAAUCUGUGCUUCCUCGGCCACAUGCCAGUGUGAUGUUCUGCACUGUAGGUGUUCUUCUGAGAAAGCUGGAGGCUGGGAUCCGUGGCAUUAGUCAUGUUAUUGUUGAUGAGAUUCAUGAGAGAGAUAUUAAUACUGACUUUCUUUUGGUGGUGCUGAGAGAUGUAGUUCAGGCAUAUCCUGAGAUCAGGGUUAUCCUCAUGUCUGCCACCAUCGAUACUAGUAUGUUCUGUGAAUACUUCUUCAACUGUCCUAUCAUUGAGGUCUUUGGCAGAACCUUCCCUGUUCAAGAAUAUUUCCUGGAAGACUGCAUUCAAAUGACUCAGUUCGUUCCUCCAUCAAAGGAUAAGAAGAAGAAAGAGAAGGAUGAAGAAGGUGGUGAAGAUGAUGAUGCCAAUUGCAACCUUAUUUGUAGUGAUGAAUACGGCCCAGAAACAAAGCGCUCCAUGGCUCAGCUGAAUGAGAAGGAAACUCCUUUUGAACUCAUUGAGGCCCUGCUAAUGUAUAUUGAGACUCUGAACGUCCCAGGAGCUGUACUUGUUUUUUUGCCUGGCUGGAACUUGAUAUAUACAAUGCAGAAGCAUCUAGAAAUGAAUCCACGCUUUGGAGGCCGCCAGUAUAGAAUUUUACCUCUUCAUUCGCAAAUUCCUCGUGAGGAACAGCGUCGCGUGUUUGACCCUGUGCCUCCUGGAAUAACCAAGGUUAUUUUAUCUACCAACAUUGCUGAGACUAGCAUUACCAUCAAUGAUGUGGUCUAUGUUAUAGACUCCUGCAAACAAAAAGUGAAGCUGUUCACUGCUCACAAUAACAUGACAAACUAUGCCACAGUCUGGGCAUCCAAAACUAAUUUGGAGCAGCGGAAAGGGAGAGCUGGCCGUGUGCGUGCUGGAUUUUGUUUUCAUUUGUGCAGUAGAGCUCGCUUUGAAAGACUUGAAACUCAUAUGACACCUGAAAUGUUUCGAACGCCACUUCAUGAAAUUGCUUUGAGCAUCAAAUUACUGCGGCUGGGCGGGAUUGGUCAGUUUUUGGCCAAAGCCAUAGAGCCGCCACCUUUGGAUGCAGUGAUUGAAGCAGAACACACACUGAGAGAGCUUGAUGCCCUGGAUUCCAAUGAUGAGUUGACACCUCUUGGAAGAAUCCUAGCCAAACUCCCCAUUGAACCUCGUCUUGGCAAGAUGAUGAUAAUGGGCUGUAUUUUUUAUGUGGGAGAUGCUGUUUGUACCAUCUCUGCAGCCACCUGCUUUCCUGAGCCUUUCAUCAGCGAGGGCAAACGGCUGGGUUAUGUCCAUAGGAAUUUUGCUGGGAGCAGGUUUUCAGAUCAUGUUGCUCUGCUCUCAGUCUUCCAAGCCUGGGAUGAAGCAAGAAUGGGCGGUGAAGAAGCAGAAAUGAGAUUCUGUGAACACAAAAGACUCAGCAUGUCUACUCUUAGAAUGACUUGGGAAGCAAAAGUCCAGCUGAAAGAUAUACUUAUUAAUUGUGGCUUCCCAGAAGAAUGUCUGGUGACUCAGGCUUUUAACAGCACUGGACCAGAUAACAACUUGGAUGUCGUAGUCUCCCUGCUCGCUUUUGGGGUCUACCCCAAUGUCUGCUACCACAAGGAGAAGAGGAAGAUUCUAACCACGGAGGGGCGCAACGCACUUAUCCACAAGUCAUCGGUCAACUGCCCUUUCAGCAGCCAGGACAUGAAGUAUCCGUCGCCCUUUUUUGUUUUUGGUGAAAAGAUCCGAACGCGAGCCAUCUCUGCCAAAGCAAUGACCUUAGUGAGCCCGCUGCAGCUGCUGCUGUUUGCCUCCAAGAAAGUCCUGUCUGACGGGGAGCUCGUUCUGGUGGAUGACUGGAUCAAACUGAAGAUGUCCCAUACCGUAGCCGCCUGCAUCACUGCUUUGCGUGCUGCAAUGGAGGCUCUUGUUGUGGAAGUAACUAAAGAUCUCGAGAUCAUCAGGCAGCUGGACCCUGUGAACGAGCGAAUGUUGAACGUGAUCCGUCAGAUCUCCAGGCCUUCAGCCGCAGGCAUCAACCUCAUGGCUGCCAGCACCAGAUUUGGAGAUGGUCCUCGCCCCCCGAAAAUGGCUCGCUACAACAACAGAGGCGGCUGCAGCGGCUGGGGAGGUUACCAGCGCGGCUCCGGCUACAGAGGCGGAGGGUACGGGGGCUACAGCUCCUACCGCGGGGGCUCGGGGGGAAGAGGCUACCAGGGGAGCCUGGGGGGAGGUGGUGGCGGGGGAUAUCGAGGAGGAGGGUAUCGAGGAGCAGGCGGUGGGUACAGAGGGGGCUAUGGGGACAUGGGCAGGGGUGGAUGGUAGUUGUGGAAGUUCAGUGAAGUCUUCCCGCUCCAACAGAAGUGCAUGUGUCUCCUCGUUUCCUGUCUUGCUGUUACCAGUCUGUUUGCCAUUUGAGUUGCUUAGAACUAGUACAGCUCUGUAAAAUAUUGUUCCCUUCUUAGAGAAUUUACCACAACUUGUAUUAUUUUGUUCUUAAUAAAGUGUUUGGAUUUCAAGAUUUA